AUGAAAUUACUGACAGUGUUGCUAGGGGCAGCGGGUGCCGCAGGCGCCUGGGGCGCGGUGCUUGCCGACGGCAAAACGCCCACGGCGCCCGCGGGCGGCGUCGUGAUCCAGGGCGCCAUCAGCGGUAAUGGCGCCGCCAACGCUCCGGUUAACGUGGGCGCUGGUGCCGUGGACUAUGCCACUUCCGGACUGCUGGCGGAGAUCGCGCUGGAUCUGGACCUGGACCGCGAGGACCUGCCCUACAACGCGUUCAUCAUGCUGGCGGCGAUGAUCCUCGUGCUGGAGAUCGGCGACAAGACGUUCUUGAUUGCGGCGCUCAUGGCGAUGCGCAACCUGCGCCUCGUGGUGUUUGCCGCUGCCUGGCUGUCGCUCGUGGUGAUGACGGUGCUCUCCGGUGUCGUGGGCCACGCGCUUCCUGCGCUCAUUCUGCCCCGAGUCACCCAGUUCAUGGCGCUGGGUCUCUUUGUCGUGUUUGGCGUCAAACUCCUUAACGAAGGGUUGGCGAUGCCCGCCGAUAUGGGUGUCGACGAAGAGAUGGCCGAGGUCGAAGAAGAGAUCGCGGCGCAAAAGCUCGAGGCGCAAGACCUCGAAAACGGCGACGGCGCCGCUGUUGGCCAUGCCAAUGGUAGUGCUGAAGAUACCUGGUACCACCAGCUCUUACAGAACACGGAGAACCUCGCGCUGUUCGUCUUACUGCCGGUUUUCAUCCAGGUGUUUGUGAUGACAUUCUUAGGCGAGUGGGGGGACCGGCUGCAGAUCGCCACCAUCGCCAUGGCGGCGGGGCUGGAGUACUGGAUGGUGAUCUUGGGUGGCGUCGUCGGCCACGGCGUGUGCACCGCCGCCGCGUGCAUUGGCGGCAAGCUUUUGGCGAAGCGGAUCUCGAUGCGCAACGUCACCCUCGGCGGCGCCGUCGCCUUCUUCGUGUUUGCCAUCCUCUACUUCUACGAAGCGUGGCACCACGAAGAGUAG